AUACAACGCCAGAGCAGCAAGCAUUGGGGAGUGGGACUGUCUUUGCUGUGGAAUAAUGUGCGGACAGUUAAUGUGUUAUGGAGGACAAUUCUCGGGUGGUUAAGAUACAGAUUCCUUCCUCCAGUGAAGCAAUUAUUGAGGCCAGUCUCUGACCAUGCCCAUAGACAGCAAGAGAAACCCACGUCCUGAUAACUCAGUGUCAUAUGAUCAGUUUGUUGAUCCAGAAGAUAAUACAGCACGAGUGUACGGGGCUGGGCGUUCACAUGGAAGGGGAAAAGAUGAGCUUCGACCACUUUAUGUGCGGCUGGGCACGACGCUGCACGCGCAGGGCUCGUGCUACCUGGAGCUGGGCGCCACCAAGGUGUCGGCGGCCGUGUACGGGCCUCGCGAGGUGGCGCGCCGCUCCGAGUUCAGCACCAGCGGACAGCUCAGCUGCGAGCUGCGCUUCGCGCCGUUCGCGGGUCGGCGCCGGCGCGGUCACCUGCCCGACGACCAGCAGCGCGAGCUGAGUCAGACGCUGCGCACCGCUGUCGAGCCGGCCGUCUGUCUGCACGAGUUUCCCAAGUCGAGCGUGGACGUGUUCGUGCACGUGCUGCAGGACGACGGCGGCGCGCUGGCGGCGGCCAUCACCGCCGCCGGCGCCGCGCUGGCCGACGCCAACGUGCCCAUGUACGACCUGGUGACGGCCGCCGCCCUGCGGCACAGCGGCGGCGCCGACCUGAUGGACCCGGAUGGCGGUGACCCGGCGCCGCCGGCCGACCCGGAGCCGGAUGGCGGCCAGUUCAGCCACGUCACCGUCGGCUACCUGACCCAGCUGCAGCAGGUGAGCUGCCUAUACUCGGAGGGUCUGGUGUCUGCUGCAGCGCUGAACUCGUCGGUGCGCUCCCUGGUCACCGCCUGCCAGCAGCUCUACGUUGUCGUCCGAGAGAAGCUCCUCAAGAAGGCGGGCAGACCCACCGCCAACGGGACUUCGUGACCCGCGCCGACGCGCCGGCAUAGGCCGACCCCGGUCACGAAACGCUGCACGGUCAUUUUGUAUUGCAACAUUCAUCAGAAAUAUAGACAUUUACCGCAGGUA